GUUUACUUCACAAACUAGAUCUAGCUGUUUUUAGUCAGAUGACGGCGUGUCAUUACUCCCAACCUGCUCUUGAUAAACAUACGCUUCAUUUAAGCGGUUUGUUUGUCAGUCUAGUGUGUUAGCUGCUCGGUUUAGGCCGUGGAUGAGCGACUGUGGCGCUGAUAAUGCUGCUCAGUGAACAGCUGUUUCAUUCGGACAGGUGUUAAACAGUGUCAGGAUGGAGCUGGCGCACAGUCUGCUGCUCAAUGAGGAGGCUCUGGCUCACAUCACUGAAGCCAAGAGAGCCGUCUUCAUCUUCGAGUGGCUCCGGUUCCUGGACAAAGUGCUCAUAGCUGCCAACAAGGUGGAUGUGAAGGAGAAGCAGAAGAAGCUGGUGGAGCAGCUGACGGGGUUGAUCAGCAGCUCCCCCGGGCCCCCCACCAGGAAACUGCUGGCCAAGAACCUGGCGGUGCUCUACAGCAUCGGAGACACCUUCACCGUCUUCCAGACGCUCGACAAGUGCAACGACAUCAUCAAGAGCAAAGACGACACCGCCGCGUAUUUACCCACUAAACUCGCUGCGGUGGCGUGUGUCGGGGCGUUUUAUGAGAGGAUGGGCCGAAUGCUGGGCAGCUCUUUUCCUGAAACCAUCAAUAACCUCCUGAAAGCUCUGAAGAGCGCAGAGUCUCAGGGUCGAGGGGAGAUCCUGCUCAGUCUGCAGAAAGUCCUCGGGGGCCUGGGCGGCGCCGCGGCCUCCUGUCACAGAGACAUCUACAAGAACGCCCGCUCGAUGCUGACGGACCGAUCAAUGGCAGUCCGCUGCGCCGUCGCAAAGUGUUUGUUAGAGCUGCAGAACGAGGCCGUGUUCAUCUGGACCACUGAACUGGAGAAUGUGGCCACGCUGUGUUUUAAAGCUCUUGAAGGCUCUACGUACAGUGUGCGUGUGGCUGUAUCCACACUGCUGGGAACCGCCAUGGCCACAGCGCUCAUGCCCAAACAGGCCACAGUCAUGCGUCAGAACGUGAAGCGGGCGACUCUAGAGGAGGUUCUGGAGCUGAUGGCCACGGGCUUCCUGCGAGGAGGCUCUGGCUUCCUGAAGAGCGGAGGAGAGAUGCUGAAGGGAGCGUCAGUUAGCCGAGAGGUGCGAGUCGGCGUCACUCAGGCGUAUGUUGUGUUUGUCACCACUCUGGGCGGUCAGUGGCUGGAGCGUAAUUUCGCAGUGUUUCUGUCUCACCUGCUGGAGCUGGUGGCUCAUCCGCGGGCCACGCAGACUCACGUGGAGGCGGUGUAUUCACGCCGCUGCGUGUCCUUCGCCUUGCGGGCGUCACUGGGCGGCCUGCUGGGCGAGAAAGCUCAAAUAGCUGCUGCGAAGGAAAUCUGCCUGGCCAUCAGCAAACAAAUGAGAGCCGUGGAGGCUGUAGUGAAUGACCCCAGCAGUGAGGGCCGGGCCGGGGCUGCAGACGUGUCGGCCAGUCAGCAUGUGAUGGUGUGUGCUCUCAAAGAGCUGGGCAGUUUGGUCCGGAGUCUGAGCGCUACAGCUUCCCCUCUGAUCCAGGAAACUUCUGUCGGUUUUUUAGAGACGGUCACAUCAGUGCUGCUGCACCCGAGCAUGGCUGCGCGUCUGGCUGCGGCCUGGUGUCUGCGCUGCGUCGCUGUGGCUCUGCCGCACCAGCUCACGCCUCUCCUGGAGCGCUGCGCCGAGUGCAUCAACAACCUGAAGAACUCGCCCGAGGCUGUGAGCGGAUACAGCUUCGCCAUGGCGGCUCUGCUGGGGGGAGUGCAUCAGUGUCCUCUGGGCAUCCCACACUCCAAGGGCAAGAUGGUGGUGAGUAUCGCUGAAGAUCUGCUGCGCUCUGCAGCCCAGAACAGCCGUCUGUCUCUCCAGCGGACUCAAGCCGGCUGGCUGCUGCUAGGAGCCCUCAUGACCUUAGGACCGUCUUUAGUGCGCUAUCACCUGCCGAAGAUGCUGCUGCUGUGGCGUAACGUGUUCCCUCGCUCUCAGAAGGAGCUGGAGGCUGAGAAGGCCAGAGGAGACUCCUUCAGCUGGCAGGUGAUGCUGGAGGGUCGCGCCGGCGCUCUGUGCGCCAUGCGCAGUUUUGUGACGGAGGACGUGAUCCGCAGGCUGAUGACGCCCAUCGACAGCCCCUGUUCUGUUAUUUUGGUGUGCAGUGUUCCUGCAGUGAUCAAGGUUCAUGGAGCUCAUCUGAAGGCCAGCGCUGCCAUGGUGCGACUGCGUCUCUACGACAUCCUGGCCCUGCUGCCGCCCAAGACAUACGAAGGCAGUUUUAACGCUCUUCUGAGGGAGCUGGUGGCAGAGUUCACGCUCACAGAUAACUCGGCCAACACCACCACAUCUCUGCUGCGCUCGCUCUGUCAUUACGACGACAGCGUGCUGAUGGGCUCGUGGCUUCAGGAGACCGAUCAUAAGUCCAUUGAAGAUCAGCUGCAGCCCAACAGUGCGUCAGGCAGCGGCGCUCUCGAACACGACCCGUCCUCCAUUUACCUGCGCAUCCCUGCAGUGGAGGCCGUGCCCGGACCGCUGCCGCUCGGGGUGUCUGUGAUCGACGCCUCUGUCGCUCUGUUUGGAGUCGUCUUUCCUCACGUCUCUUUCAAACACAGGUUGCAGAUGCUGGAUCACUUUGCUGAAUGCAUUAAGCAAGCUAAAGGAGUCCGUCAGCAGGCCGUGCAGCUGAACAUAUUCACCGCGGUGCUGAGCGCUCUCAAGGGUCUGGCUGAGAACAAGAGCAGUCUGGGCCCAGAGGAGGUGCGUAAAUCAGCUCUAGCGCUGGUGAUGGGCGCGCUGGACAACCCCAACCCCAUCCUGCGCUGCGCUGCAGGGGAGGCUCUGGGCAGGAUGGCACAAGUCGUGGGAGAAGCGUCUUUCAUCGCCAGGAUGGCACAGCACAGCUUUGACAAGCUGAAGUCGGCGCGUGACGUGGUGUCCAGGACAGGUCACUCUCUGGCUUUAGGCUGCCUGCACCGUUAUGUGGGUGGCAUUGGGUCAGGCCAGCACCUCAAGACCAGUGUUAGCAUCCUGCUGGCCCUGGCUCAAGACGCCACGUGUCACGAGGUCCAGACGUGGGCGCUGCACUCUCUGGCUCUCAUCGUGGACUCCAGCGGGCCCAUGUACCGCGGUUAUGUGGAGCCCACCCUGUCUCUGGUGCUGACGCUGCUGCUGACGGUCCCCCCCUCACACACGGAGGUGCAUCAGUGUCUGGGUCGAUGUCUCGGAGCGCUCAUCACCACCGUGGGCCCAGAACUACAGGGUAACAGCGUCAGCAUCUCUACGAUCCGCUCGUCGUGUCUGGUGGGCUGCGCCAUCAUGCAGGAUCACUCCGACUCUCUGGUCCAGGCGGCGGCCAUCUCCUGCCUGCAGCAGCUGCACAUGUUCGCACCGCGACACGUCAACCUGUCCAGCCUGGUGCCCAGCCUCUGUGUGCAUCUGUGCAGCUCUCACCUGCUGUUACGGCGGGCCGCGGUGGCGUGUCUCCGGCAGCUGGCUCAGCGCGAGGCUGCAGAGGUCUGUGAAUACGCCAUGAGUCUCGCCAGGAGGGCUGGAGACAGCAAAGACAGCAUGAGCAUCAAUCUGAACAUUACAGAGACGGGUUUGGAAGGUGUUCUGUUUGGAAUGCUGGACCGGGAGACGGACAGGAAGCUGUGCUCCGACAUUCAUGACACGUUAGGUCACAUGCUCUCGUCUCUGGCUGUGGGGAAACUUCCUCACUGGCUCAAGCUCUGCAAAGAUGUUCUGGCAGCUACUACAGAGGUCGGUGGGACUGUUACAUCUGUCGGCAGAAGGAAGGACGAGGAGGAGGACUCUGAGAAGAAGGAUGAGAUGGAUGAUGACAUCAUGUUCACAUCACUGGGUCAGGAUGACAAGUCCAAGCCGUCCGUGGCGCCUCGCUGGGUCACACGAGUGUUUGCUGCCGACUGUCUGUGCCGUAUCAUUCAUCUGUGUGAGAAUGCAGACAAGGCCCACUUUGACCUGGCCGCUGCGCGUGUCGCCAAGACUAAAAACCCUGAAGGUGACUUCCUGGUGCUGCACUUGUGUGAUCUGGUUCGCAUGGCCUUCAUGGCUGCCACAGACCACAGCAACCAGCUGCGCAUGGCCGGCCUGCAGGCUCUCGAGGACAUCAUUAAGAAGUUCGCCGCUGUGCCGGAGCCCGAGUUCCCUGGUCAUGUGAUACUGGAGCAGUACCAGGCCAAUGUUGGUGCUGCACUCCGACCAGCCUUUUCCCCAGAUACACCUUCAGACAUCACUGCCAAAGCCUGCCAGGUGUGCAGUGCAUGGAUAGGCAGCGGUGUUGUCAGUGACCUCAAUGACCUGCGGCGUGUCCACACCCUCUUGGUCUCCUCUCUGGACAAGGUCCAAACCGGCAAGAGCCCGUCCAGCCAGCUGUACAGUGAGAGCGCCACUACUAUGGAGAAGCCCUCUGUGCUGAAGGCAUGGGCCGAGGUGUUUGUCGUGGCUAUGAACAUAAAGAAGGAGUCUCAGUCCAAGCCGGCACGUCCUCCUCCGGGUGAGGAUGAGGAUGUGGGAGAUGGAGACGUUCUUCCUCCAGACAGCCUGAUGACGUUAGUUCAGCCGGAGCUGCCGUCUCUCAGCCGUCUGUGGCUGGCGGUGUUGAGAGACUAUGCUCUGCUCACUCUGCCGGCUGAGUUCUCCAGUCAGCUGCCGCCUGAAGGAGGGGCUUUCUACACUCCUGAGACCAUAGACACAGCGAGGCUUCAUUACCGCAGCUCCUGGGCGUCUGUCCUGCACGCGGAGGCCCUGUGGCUCAGCAGCACAGGCUUCGGUUCGGCAGAAGACUCUGCGGAGGGCAAGAGUGCUCCCCUCACUGGAUCUGCCCCCUCUGCUCCGGGGAACAACACUGAUGACCUCGUCAAAGACAGAUUGCACCUUCUUUUGGGCAUCAGCAUCGAGUUCCUGUGUUUCCCUCGGGCCGAGGAGCCCAUCGAGGAUGUGAUGUCAUGUCUGCAUGCUCUCUGCACGCUGCUGGACUCACCGAGCGCUCGGACGCACAUCGCAGAGGACCAGCUGCUGGCUGUGGAGCUGCUCAACGUGCUCCACCGGCUGUUACUGACACGCGACCCACCCUGCGUGCAGCUGCAGGUGACGACAGUCGUGCAGAAAACCAUCCGUGCAGCCCAAGAGCAUCUGGAGCACGUCAGGAGCAGCAAGACUGGAGAGGACGGUGGAGAUGAGGAGUGUGUUUCAGUGCUGGGGGAAGGAGGAGAAACCGAGCUUCUUCCAGGAAAAUCUCUGGUGUUUGCUGCGAUGGAGCUGCUGGUGUUUAUCUUGGUGCGUCACCUGCCUCAUCUGAAAGCACAGGACACAGACAGCGCCAGGCAGCCACCUCUGCACCUGUCUGACCACAGCAACCGUCUGGUGGCGGCCACGGUCACGGUCCUCGCCGAGCUCCUGUUUUUAUUUCUUGCUGUAGGAAGCAUGACCAUCUUGCCCACGGUGCUCUUCCUGAUCACUGGUGUGCUGAGAGACACUGCGGUGAAGACGUCAGAUAACUCGGUCCCUGCGCCGGUGUCUGCGGCUCUGCAGGCCAUCAAAACCAUCCUCAGCUCUCCGCUGGCAGCCAAGAGCCAGGCGCAGUGGAGCGCGCUGGUCAGGAGCAGUCUGGCCACCGUCCUCCAGCACUCACAGCCAGAUGCGUGCGGAGCCAGCGUGGAUGAAGUCAGUCUGCUGACGGCCAUCACACUGUUUCUGCUGUCGGCCAGCAGUGCGCUGGUGGGCAUCUCCGUCCUGCAGGAAGGCUGCAUUGAGCGUUUCAGACACGGACUCAACUCUGCUGAUCCCUGGACUCAGGCCCGCUGUUAUCAGCUGCUGCUGUCUGUCUUCCAGCACUCGUGUCGCAGUCUCUCCACACCCUACAUUCACUCGCUGGCUCCGCUGCUGGUGGAGAAGCUGAAGGCUGUUGAGCACAGUCGACCGUCCACACCUGCUGAGCUGCAGGCCGUACAGGAAGGAGUUAAAGUGUUGGAGAGCCUUGUAGCCAUGGGGGAAGAACAGAACCGAGUGCAGUUACUGGCUCUGCUGGUCCCGACCCUCAUCUCAUACCUGUUGGAUGACUCGGCCUUCUCCACGGCCUCCACCUCCUCUAAAGGCCUGCAUGAGUUCGCCCUCCAGAACCUGAUGCACACUGGUCCUCUGUACCCCGCUGCCUUCAAGACCGUUAUCGGGGCGGCACCGGAACUCAAGACCAGACUCGAGGCAGCCAUCAGAUCCAGACAAGCCAACAGUAAAGCCAAAUCUGCCGCGAGACAACAGCAGCCGACUGUACAAGCGGCUCCCACCAUCAAACUCAAGACCAGCUUCUUCUAGUCGCUGCACACGCUUGUCUGUCCAUCCACACUACUGCUUCAGAGUCAUAUGGGUGUUCGUUUCUUCCAGUGAAUUCAGCCACCCUUAUAAAGUGAAUAAAGGUUACAGUGACAUUAACAUAAGCUUUUGGUCAGUUAGAAGCAUCUUGUUUGGUUUUUUUUGGGGCACUUUUGAAAUGCACCUUAAAUGCACCUAAGGUCAAAAUGAGGAACUUCCUUUUCAAAGCUCACAUAACACAGAUGGAAAUAUUAAAAA